AUGUCUUUCUUCAACUUCAACUCUCCAGUCACCUUCUGUCGCCAGCCAGCGGUCGCUGAGCUUGAGAAAAACCUUCUCAAGAUCGUCGAGGCUCGCAAGUCGGGCGCCGUUGGUACGACGAAACCUCUUCCUAAAGCUGAGGACAUCAAGCUUGUCCUCUCCGACGUUGACGGUACCCUCCUCGACGACGCUCACGACGUGAACCCGCGCACGUCCGACGCUAUCCGCUUCCUCCGCCAAAACUACCCCCACAUUCCAUUCGUCCCAGUGACCGGAAAGCAGCGUGUCUCCUGCGAGUACGUCGCUCGGGUGUGCGGGCUGGAGGACAUGCCCUCUGGCUGCUGCCACGGCUCCAUCAUCUAUACGCCUGAGGGGAAGAUCGAGUCGCAGACGGGUAUCGGCCCUGAAGUCGUUUGCGCCGUCACCGACUUCCUCAAGGGGAUCAACAAGUCGGUAUUCAUUUACGAGCACGACUCCGUCAACUGCGUCUACCUCGAGGAUCAUCCUUCGCUCGACUUCUACGCCAUCACCCGCGGCUACGACCCAUCAAUCCGCGACAUGCGUGGCACAAACUACAUGGACCGUGUACGCAGUGGCGAGGUAGUUGUGACGAAGAUGUUCCUUCCGAUGGAGGUCGCUCUUGUUAACGAACACAUGGAGAAGAUGAACGCUCACUUCAAGAACGGCGAGGACUACCGCAUGACGCGCGCUCUCCCCGACAUCAUCGAGUUGAUCCCCGCCACCAUCGACAAGUCGGUCGCCCUCGCGUACUUCGCAAACAAGUACAACGUCAACCCCGAAAACAUCAUCACCUUCGGCGAUGGGGAGAAUGAUGUUGGCAUGUUCCGCGCCUCAGGCAUGUCUGUGUCCAUGGGCAACGCCAUGCCGGUACCUACAGGCGCGUCUGACUACCAGACCCUCACCAACAACGAGGGCGGCGUCGGCGUCUUCCUUGAUGCUAUCUUCCGUCCCGAGUAUGUGCCCAAGUCCGGCCACGACUCAGGCUAUGCCACCCGUCAACACUCGCGUUCCCAUUCUCCAUCGCGGGCAUGA